CGGUCCCCGCCGCUGGGGGGUGCUCCCUCUUCUGGUCCUCCUAGGGGGUCUGAUGGCAGGAUGGCGGAGGCAGGGGUCCCGGAGUCCGCCUCGGCCCGGUGUCCGGAGGAGUCGUCAGACAGCGAGUCGGAGCAGGAGCCCGGAACCCCGCAGAAACUCAUUCGAAAAGUGUCCACAUCCGGCCAGAUCCGCAACAAGACUGUGCUGAAGGAGGGAAACCUGAUGAAACAAACCAACUCAUUCCAGCGCUGGAAGAGACGAUACUUCAAACUGAGAGGCAGGACUCUGUACUACGCUCAGACUGCCAAGUCAAUCAUUUUUGAUGAAGUGGACCUGACCGAUGCCAGUGUCGCCGAGUCCAGCACCAAGAACUUCAACAACAGCUUCACUGUCAUCACCCCCUGCAGACGUUUGAUUCUGUGUGCAGACAACAGGAAAGAGAUGGAGGAGUGGAUAGCAGCUCUGCGCAGCAUCCAGAACAGACAGACCUAUGAGUCCACCCAGUACAGCAUGGACCAGUUCAGUGGGAUGCACAACUGGUAUGCCUGCUCCCACGCCAGGCCGACUUACUGUAACGUCUGCAGAGAAGCUCUGUCUGGAGUCACAUCCCACGGCCUGUCCUGUGAAGUGUGUAAAUUCAAGGCUCACAAACGUUGUGCAGUCAGAGCCACCAACAACUGUAAAUGGACAACACUGGCUUCUAUUGGGAAGGAUAUCAUAGAGGACGAGGACGGGGUGUCGAUGCCUCACCAGUGGUUGGAGGGGAACCUCCCGGUGUCGGCUAAAUGUAACGUGUGUGAUAAAACCUGCGGCAGCGUGCUGCGCCUGCAGGACUGGAGAUGUCUGUGGUGUAAAGCCAUGGUGCACUCGGGCUGUAAGGAGCAGCUGUCCUCUAAGUGUCCUCUGGGUCAAUGUAAAGUGUCCGUCAUCCCUCCAACUGCACUCAACAGCAUCGACUCUGACGGUUUCUGGAAGGCAUCAUGUCCUCCGUCCUGCACCAGUCCUCUGCUUGUCUUUGUCAACUCCAAGAGUGGAGACAAUCAGGGCGUCAAGUUCUUGCGCCGCUUCAAACAGUUGCUGAACCCGGCGCAGGUGUUCGACCUGAUGAAUGGAGGACCCCACCUGGGUCUGCGGCUAUUCCAGAAGUUUGAUACGUUUAGGAUCCUGGUGUGUGGAGGAGAUGGCAGUGUCGGCUGGGUGCUGUCUGAGAUCGACGCUCUCACUCUUCACAAACAGUGUCAGCUGGGGGUUCUUCCUCUGGGGACUGGGAACGAUCUGGCUCGGGUUCUGGGCUGGGGCUCGGCCUGUGAUGAUGACACCCAACUGCCUCAGAUACUGGAGAAACUGGAGAGAGCCAGCACGAAGAUGCUAGACAGGUGGAGCAUCAUGGUGUAUGAGACCAAGUUUCCACGGCAACACUGUGCCUCCACCAUCACAGAUGACUGCAGCGAUGACUCUGAGGUGCAGCAGAUUCUGACCUAUGAGGACUCAGUGGCUGCUCACCUGUCCAAGAUCCUCACCUCAGACCAGCACUCUGUUGUCAUCUCCUCUGCCAAGGUUCUGUGUGAGACAGUGAAGGACUUUGUGGCUCGUGUAGGUAAAGCUUAUGAGAGGAACACAGAGAGUUCAGAGGAGUCCGAGGCCAUGGCCAAGAAGACUUCAGUCAGUGCUGCUGAAGCAGCAAGAGAGGGUGGGAGAGGUGGAGGAGGAGGACAACAGCCAAGUGCAGUGCAGGAGCAACAGUGUGGCAUCCUGAAGGAGAAACUGGACUCUCUGUUGAAGACUCUGAACGAGGAAUCUCGGGCCUCCACUGUCCUCCCCCCAGCCCCUCCCCCCACCAUUGCUGAGGAGCAGGAGGAAGCUGAGGGGGUCGUACUGCCUCGUCCUCUCCAUCAUCAUCAUCACCAUCAUCAUCAUCAUCAUCCUCACACCCCCCGCUCUCCACGGACCAACACCUCGUCUUCCUCUGCAGUGGCCAUCUUUAAACCCAGGGAGCAGCUGAUGCUGAGAGCCAACAGCCUGAAAAAAGCCAUCCGACAGAUCAUCGAACACACGGAGAAAGCGGUGGACGAGCAGAACGCUCAGACGCAGCAGCAACAGGUGUUCUCUCUGGGCCGAGCCAAAGAAGAUGAGGGCCUGGUGGAGGAGGAAGAGGAGGAGGAGGAGGUGGAGGAGGAUAAGAUGUCGCUGCAGUUGUCCUACAGUGCCAAGCUCCGCAACACACGCAGAAUCAGUAAGGCACCCUGUGAGAAGUUGAUCAGCAAAGACAGCCUGUCGCUGGGCAGCUCCACAUCACUUCCAGUUCAGACAGGAAGUAGGGAGAACAUGCCCAUGCUCAACACAAAGAUCCUUUAUCCUGGUCUCAGAGCAGGAAUCUCAGGCUCUCUGUCCAGCAGCUCAGUGAUCAGUCAGCUGUUGGUGAACGCCGACCCGUUCAGCUGUGACCCUGACAACAUGGACUGCUACACAGAGAAAUGUGUCAUGAACAACUACUUUGGUAUUGGACUGGAUGCAAAAAUCUCUCUGGACUUCAACAACAAGAGAGAUGAACAUCCAGAGAAGUGCAGGAGUCGCACGAAGAACAGGAUGUGGUACGGAGUGCUAGGAACCAAAGAGCUGCUGCACAGAACCUACAAGAACCUGGAACAGAGAGUUUUACUGGAGUGUGACGGGCAUCCCAUCCCUCUCCCCAGUCUGCAGGGCAUCGCUGUGUUGAACAUCCCCAGUUAUGCCGGAGGAACCAACUUUUGGGGAGGAACCAAAGAGGACGAGACCUUCACUGCUCCAUCCUUUGAUGAUAAGAUUCUGGAGGUGGUGGCAGUGUUUGGCAGCAUGCAGAUGGCCAUGUCCCGUGUCAUCAACCUGCAGCACCACCGCAUCGCGCAGUGUCGGACGGUGAAGAUCACCAUCCUGGGUGAUGAAGGUGUCCCUGUUCAGGUGGACGGGGAAGCAUGGAUCCAGCCUCCAGGUUACAUCAAGAUCAUCCACAAGAAUCGAACUCAGACCCUAACCAGAGACCGAGCGUUCGAGAGCACCCUGAAAUCCUGGGAGGACAAACAGAAGUGUGAGUUUCCUCGGACCCCCCCCACCCAUUCUCCCCUGUCCUCCCAGCCAGAGGUUGUCUCCGAGGAAGAGACAUCACUCAUCAGCGAGUUCGGCCAGGCAGCAGGAGUGCUCAUACACAGUAUUCGUGAGGUGGCUCAGUCUCACCACAGUAUGGAGCAGGAACUGGCUCAUGCUGUCAACGCCAGCUCCAAGGCCAUGGAUGUGGUCUACGCCAACUCCAAGACCUCUGGGGCUCUGAGCUGCAGUGCAGUGGUUCACAUGGUUGGGAACGUCAAAGCUUUACUCGGCGAGACUGAACUGCUGCUGGUGGGAAAGAUGUCCAUGCAGCUGGAUCCUCCUCAGCAGGAGCAGCUGAAUGCAGCUCUGAACUCUGUGGCUCAGCAGCUCCGUCGCCUGGCUGAUGUUCCCUGGUUGUGUCUCAUCGUCGACCCAUCAGACCACGAGGGUCUUCUGGCAGACUUUUCGAAGCGCAGUCGUAGUGCAAAGUUUCGUCUCGUCCCAAAGUUUAAAAAAGACAAAAACAACAGAAAUAGAGAUGCGUGUGCGACUCUCUCACUUCCAGUUCAUCAGUGGGGAACAGAGGAAGUGGGGGCAUGGCUGGACUUUCUUUGCCUCACUGAAUAUAAGGACAUCUUUAUUGGACACGAUGUGCGCGGAGCCGAGCUUAUCCACCUGGAGAGGAGGGACCUGAAGGACUUGGGAGUGACAAAGGUGGGUCAUAUGAAGAGGAUCCUGCAGGGCAUCCGAGAGCUGAACAGGAACAGCAGCACCAGUGAGGCCUAACUGCUGCCAGGGACCCCUGCCUGCUCUCCUCCUACCUCUGUUGCUAUUAACAACCUUGUCCACCUGACCUCUGACCCUGAACCAGAACCAGGUCUGACAUCACACACAAGGACCCGGACUAAGUCUUGUUCUGUGAGACUCAGUGCUGGUCCCCAGACCUCGUCAGUCCUCCUCACGGUGACCACACAGACCACCUAGAGAGAGAGCCAAUCAGAUGAUCUGCUAGUGCCUUGUCAUCUCACCCACCGACCAACCAGCAUCCAGGUUGUGGUGGCUGUAGGGUGGGUGUGUAUCAGAGCCUCCGCCUCCAGACAGGUGAAGAUCUGCACCAUACACAGUCUGAGCUGAGGCGACAACAUGGCUGACCAGCUCUGCUCAUGUUUUAACAUUUUGGGGACUGUUUACUGCAGACUUAUGAUUAUUCUACCAAAAUGCUGACCAUUGCACUAAACGACAUCCUGCCAGUGAGGUGAGAUUGUUGGAAUCUACCUGAAUCCAGUAUAUGUAAUAUAUAAGUGCAGUGAUCAGUGUGGCUGAAAUCAUCGUUGUCGGGGAUUUAGUCACAGCAUCUGGUGAACAGAACCUGCAACAGCUGCGUUCCUUCUUUUUGCAGUAAAGUAUAACCCAGAGGCUGAGUUUGAAGCCAAGUGUCUUCAUGUGAUGUUUCAGCUCCUGAAUAUAGUUUUGACAUGGGUCAGAUUCAUGUUACAGCCUGAAACCUGGAAGUAUUUAAAGAAGUGAAACAAUCCUCAGAUGUUUCUUUGUAUGGAACUAAUUCACAACAACAAUUGUCUCAGGGCACUUUACAUAGUCUGGUCUAGACCUUAUACUAUUUCAGAGGAAAAUCCCAGAAAACCCCCCUUGAGCAGCACUUGGGGACAGCGGGUAAGAAGAACUCCCUUUAACAGAAGGAACCUCCGACAGACUCUUGGUGGGCAGCCUUCUGCCUCGACCUUGGAACUUUUCAGUCUCCUCUACCCACUCUGCCCAACUGGUCGAGGCAGAAGCAAAAUGAUCCUCAGAUGUUUCCUGAUGUUGCAAUGUGAGCUGGAGCUCACAGAGUCGAUUGUGGAGUCAUUAACAAGUUGAACCAGAGAACCACACUCGGUUGGGUGCGGUGAGAUGACUGCUCCCAGUUCAUCACUGACAAAAACAGUGCUGUUCCCAAGCUCAUCAGCAGAGUUUCAGGUGAGGGUCUGAGUGUGCAGAACAAUGAACAGUGUGUGAAUCUGUUUUUACAGGCCAAAACCUUGUGAGAGAAUAGUGUAGUAAUGUAAAAUGUAAUUCUCCCGAAACAACACACACUGACAAAAGAGAAACUGUUUAAAAAGACCAAACAGCAGCAGGUUCCUGUCCCAUCAUUGUACAGCAGCAGAGUCUCUGCUGAAGUAAAGUCUUGAGGACUCGGUGAAAGACUGAUAAGAGCUGCACAUUGUUUGCAGUGUUGCAGCCUAACAGCAGAGUUUCCUGCCCUGACCAUCCCAUCACAGCAUGACUGAAACCUGGCCCUGCCAAGGCGGGUCUGUGCCGUGCUGGGGCUGAGUAUGGGCAGGGUCAGUCACAAGACUGGCUGCCAGAUGAGGCGCAGUUUUUGGGACCUGAAAACUUUGCUCACGAGUCUGACAUGACUCCAGAAACCAGACGAACAAAACUGAAGCCAGCCAAUCAGAAUCCCUCAGGUACCUGACCUGUCGGACCAGGAUGCAGCAGAACCCUUUAAACUUUGAGACGUUUGAGCAGCUCAGAGACUUUAUAGGAACUGUUUUAUGUUUCUAACCAAAAAGGAACAGAGCCGUUGUUCUUCCUCACAGGGAACAGACAGAGUUUUGCCCUGAAACAGAUGGGGUUCUUCUUGAAGCCGCAGUCACGAAUCAUCCUGUUUUUGAAAAACAGGAUGAUUCUGAAAGUUGACGAGGGAACGUCGGGGCAGACACCCUCAAGAUGAUUGGGAGGUCUGACAGACGCUCAGCACACAACAGUCGACCGACGAAGAUGAGCUGCGUUUUCUGUCUCACAAUGUUUUUCUGCUUCUGUGUGUUUGUCUGGUGUGUGUCUCAAUGAGAGUGUAAUAUGUUAUCGACAGUCACAGGUUUCAGGGACCAAACAAACCUGUUUCAGACUGAAGACACGUCAGUGUAGAAAACUAACAUUCAUUCAAGGUUUAAGAGGGGUAACGUUGGUAUCAGGUUUAUCUCAUCAGUAUAAACUCACUGUUGUUGUGAAGCCUCUGGACUUGUCCAGUCCAGUCAGUCCAGUGAGCUGAACAGCCUUAGCUACAAGCAGUCUGGUAUGGCAGCUGCCAACAAAACAUUCAGCGGUGAAGUCCUUUCAGCCUUUGGGCCAGUGAAGCUGCAGCUGUUCUUGUCUUUCCCACUUUGACAUUUGCUGCUUCUGGGUCACAUCCUUGGAACUUUGGAAGCUUCACUGUGGUUCCCCCUUUUAUAGACCAGAUGACCAUUUUUUUAAUUGAGGAAGUGAAGUGCACAGCUGCCUGUAACAAGAAGCCAAUGAUCAGCAGCCGUUUAGUGUUUACUGGAUUUAUAGGUAAAGUUGAAGGAAACAUGAAAACAGACUUCAUCAGAUGUUGCCUUGAGCCCCUUGAUCACAUAUCUGUCAGAUAGACCUCAGGUUUACUCUGCUCACUGUUCAGUGUCGGGCAGCGGGAACGUUGGAUUGUUUAGGAAAAGCAGCCACUGCCUUCAGCAGAAUUAACUCUGAUUCUUAAACUGCACAAUGAGACGGAAAGAUUCACAGAUGUUUUUUUUGUUUUUGUUUUUUUUAUUGCAACACAAAAUGACACGUUUAUAGGACAACGGACAUAACAUAGAAAAUAAAGCAAACAUUGACAAAAGAGACUUGCGACUAGUUUGUGAGGGUGUGUAGCGUGGGCGUAUUCAGUUCUAUGCAGUCUGGUAUUCAGUCUGUACUAAAG